CCCGCAGCCCGCGCCCCGCCCGCCGCGAUGCUCGCCCGCGCCCUGCUGCUCGCCGCGCUCCUGGCGCUCAGCCACGCAGCAAAUCCUUGCUGUUCCAACCCAUGUCAAAACAGAGGUGUAUGUAUGAGUGUAGGAUUCGACCAGUAUAAGUGUGAUUGUACCCGGACAGGAUUUUAUGGCGAAAACUGUUCAACACCUGAAUUUCUGACAAGAAUAAGAUUACUUCUGAAGCCCACUCCAAACACUGUGCACUACAUACUCACCCACUUCAAGGGAGUCUGGAAUAUUGUCAAUAAAAUUCCCUUCCUUCGAAACGCAAUUAUGAAAUAUGUGUUAACAUCCAGAUCCCAUUUGAUUGAUAGUCCACCCACUUAUAAUAUGCACUAUGGCUACAAAAGCUGGGAAUCAUUCUCUAACCUCUCCUAUUACACCAGAGCCCUUCCUCCUGUGGCUGAAGACUGCCCAACUCCCAUGGGUGUGAAAGGGAAGAAGGAGCUUCCUGAUUCAAAAGACAUUGUGGAAAAAUUUCUUCUAAGGAGAAAGUUCAUCCCUGAUCCCCAGGGCACAAAUAUGAUGUUUGCAUUCUUUGCCCAGCACUUUACCCAUCAAUUUUUCAAGACAGAUCAUAAGCGAGGACCAGCUUUCACCAAAGGACUGGGCCAUGGGGUGGACUUAAAUCAUAUUUAUGGGGAAACUCUGGACAGACAGCAUAAGCUACGCCUUUUCAAGGAUGGAAAAAUGAAAUAUCAGAUAAUUGAUGGAGAAGUGUAUCCUCCUACAGUCAAAGAUACUCAGGCAGAGAUGAUCUAUCCCCCCCACAUCCCUGAACACCUGCAGUUCGCUGUGGGACAGGAGGUCUUUGGGCUUGUGCCUGGGCUGAUGAUGUACGCCACAAUCUGGCUGCGGGAACACAACCGAGUGUGCGAUGUGCUUAAGCAGGAGCAUCCAGAAUGGGGCGAUGAGCAGUUGUUCCAGACCAGCAGGCUGAUACUGAUAGGAGAGACUAUUAAGAUUGUGAUUGAAGACUACGUACAGCACUUGAGUGGCUAUCACUUCAAACUGAAGUUUGACCCAGAGCUGCUUUUCAACCAACAAUUCCAGUACCAGAACCGCAUCGCUGCUGAGUUUAACACACUCUAUCACUGGCAUCCCCUUCUGCCGGACGCCUUUCAGAUUGAGGAUCAGGAAUACAACUAUCAACAAUUUCUCUACAACAACUCUAUACUACUGGAACAUGGACUUACCCAGUUUGUUGAAUCAUUCACCAAACAAAUUGCUGGGAGGGUUGCUGGUGGUAGGAAUGUUCCACCCGCAGUACAAAAAGUAGCCAAGGCCUCAAUAGACCAGAGCAGACAGAUGAAAUACCAGUCUUUUAAUGAGUACCGCAAACGCUUUAUGCUGAGGCCCUACGCAUCAUUUGAAGAACUUACGGGUGAGAAGGAAAUGGCUGCAGAGUUGGAAGCCCUCUACGGAGACAUUGAUGCGAUGGAGCUCUAUCCUGGCCUUCUGGUAGAAAAGCCUCGCCCAGAUGCCAUCUUUGGUGAAACCAUGGUAGAAGUUGGAGCGCCCUUCUCCUUGAAAGGACUGAUGGGUAAUGCCAUAUGUUCUCCUGACUACUGGAAGCCGAGCACUUUUGGUGGAGAAGUAGGUUUUAAAAUCAUCAACACUGCCUCCAUUCAGUCUCUUAUCUGCAGUAAUGUGAAAGGCUGUCCCUUCACUGCCUUCAACGUUCCGGAUCCACAGCUCGUCAAAACCAUCACCAUUAACGCCAGCGCUUCCCGCUCAGGACUAGACGACAUCAAACCCACAGUGCUGCUAAAAGAACGUUCAACUGAACUGUAGAAGUCUACUGAUCCUAUUUAUUUAUUUAUAUGAACCAUGUCUUUUAACUUAAUUAUUUAAUACUAUUUAUAUUAAACUCCCCGUGUUACUUAACAUCUUCUGUAACAGAAGUCAGUACUCCUGUUACGGAGAAAGGGGUCAUACUUGUGAAGAUUUUUGUGUCACUACUUUAAAGAUGUAUUUUUUUUUUUCAAGUUAAAUAGCAGAACAGUUUUCAUUCCUUCUUGUAAACUAGGAGGAAAUGAAUUUUGACAUCUUUUACUUGAAUUUCAAUUUAUAUUUUGUUAUAAUAAGAACAAAAGCAAAGAUGUUUGAACACUUAAAUGCAGUUGCAAAGAUGAUAAAAUGCUGAAAGUUUCUACACUGUCAAUAUUUCCAGUGUAUCUUCCGUGAUGUAGUAGAAGCAACUGACGUUUGGAAUUUUAAAGUGCUUCUAGACAUUUAUUUGUGAGCAAACAAAAAAAGGUACAAGUGUAUGUUACAAUGAAUGUUUAAAUUAAUUACCAGUAAUUUCAUGUCUAUUUUUUAAAGUAGUAUUGAAAAAAUAAUUUGAAAUUUCUAAAAUUCAUGGAUAGAAUCACUUUUAAAAAGCUUGUUUGGUUAUUAAACUUGUUCCUAUAUUAAUAGGAGAAUCUCUCUUGGAUUUAAAUCUCUAAAAUCAGUAGAAAUUGUGCUACAAUUUCUUGUUAAAAUGUUGCAUAAGAGAGUUUACUUUUUCACCAGGAGUGAACAUCUACUUAAUAUGACUGUUACAACUUCCUUUUAAAACAAAAUGCCAAAUGUAUUAAGGUGAUAGAACCACUGCAGUCCUAUCUUAAAAUAAGAAUAUUUUAUGUUAAGAGAUUCCAGAAUUUGUUUAUAUGACUGGUAAUGAGUAAAAUCUAUAGCAGCAAAAGAUUCUACAUUUAAAAUAAGCAAUAACAAAGAAAAAAACCAAAUUAUAAUUCAAAUUUAGGUUUAAACUCUUGAAGGAGAUUUUAUUUUAUCCUCAUGCACUGUGGGCCUGGUACUUAACAGAUGUUGCUAUGAGGUUAAUGAAUUACUGAGCUGUGCUUGGGUAACAAUCUGUUUUCUUAGAUUUCAUAUUGCUCAGUAUGAUUUAGCAGUUCAUAUCACAGUGCAAAAAGUAGCAAUGGCCUCAUAAAAUACCUCUUCAAAAUGCUUAAAUUCAUUUCACACAUUAAUUUUAUCUGAAUCUUGAUGAGCCAAUUGAGUGUAUGCAUUUGAAUCAACAUGCUGCUCUUUUUAUUUUCUUUUGGCUGUUUUGCUAAGAGAAAUUAUCCUCGGAUAACUUUAUUUCUUCUAUUUUGUUUUACUGGUUUUAAGAACAGAGUUUGUCUUCCUUUGGACUCUGCCUAUAUUUCCUUGCCUGAAUUUUUUUGCAAGUUUUCAGGAAAACCUCAGCUCAGGACUACUAUUUAGUUCCCUUUAAAAAGA